GGAACGGGAGGGAAUAUACGAGCUUCACUCUUCGCUACACGCAGUAAUAUGAACUCCCUAACGACUCGUAUUUGUCGUUAUUGAAGUUGACGACGGAAAGCAUUCAACACUGGUGCAAGUGGACGUUCAAAGGCGGUUUCAUACUUUGCCAAACAUACGCUGAAAUGCUCAGCUGACCUCUCUCCGUGGGAACCAUGACAUCACAAAGGACAUCCAGAGGCCUGCCCGAUGAACGGGGCUCACUCCCACUGGACAUCGAUGAUGUCCACAUACUACUGCAAGUUGAACAGGAGCAGAUUCAGAAAAGAACCUUCACGAACUGGAUCAAUGCCCAGCUGUCUAAGAGGAGUCCUCCAGUUACAGUGGUGGAUCUUUUCAAUGAAUUCAGAGAUGGAAGCAGACUAUUGGACUUGCUGGAGGUGUUGAGUGGUCAGAGAAUGAGCCGGGAAAAAGGAAGAGGGACAUUUCAGCACAGAACAAAUAUUGAGAAAGGUCUAGCGUUCCUUAAGAAGAAAUCGAUCAAACUGGUCAACAUCAAUGUCUCUGACAUCAUGGAUGGGAAGCCUUCCAUCAUUCUAGGUCUCGUCUGGACCAUCAUCAUGCACAUUCACAUCGAAGAGUUGGCCAGCACAUUGAACUUUAGUUCUCGUCAGUCAUCUCUGGAGUCACUGGCGAGUUUAGACACUCGGUCGACCAGCAGCAGUGCCCGCAGCAGUCCGGUACCACCCCGUGGUUCACCCUUGCAUGCCCGCUUCCGCGUAUCAGCCAAGAAAGCCCUGCUGCUGUGGGUCAGAGAGCAGUGCCAGAAGGCUGGUUGUACUCUGAAUGUGAAGGAUUUUAAAGCAAGCUGGAGAAGUGGUGUAGUGUUUUUGGCAAUCCUUCAUUCUCUGAGACCCAAUGUAGUGGAUCUAACCAGAGCCAGAACAAGAACCAACAGACAGAACCUGGAGGAAGCCUUUCUCACUGCUGAAAGAGAACUUCACAUCGCCAGACUACUAGAUCCAGCUGAUGUUGAUGUUAGGGAUCCCGAUGAAAAGUCUAUUAUGACUUAUGUUGCUCAGUUCCUGCAGUACUCUAAAGAUGCCUCUGUUUCUGAUGAGGAAAUGCAGUAUCUUACUCCUCCUCAGCGCCUCUCUCCUGUCAAUCUGCCAUCAGACUUUACUCCGUCUAUAGCUGCAUCACCUUUAAGACAGGCUCAUCUGUUAAUGCCCUGUCCAAUCAAAUCAGGCCCUCCCAAAUCACCUGAGACAGCUCGGGCAGCUGCCCCUGGGACCUCAGCCAAUCAGAAGGCUCAGGAGGUCACAUGCUGGUUGGAUCAGGCCUAUCAGGAGCUGAUAGAGGGGUGGGACUCCACUGAAGGAGAGAGCUAUGCUGAGAGAUACCAAGUCUUCCAUACCUUCAUUGUGUCCUUUAAUGAGCAGCGACGGCCCGUAAUGCCGUUACUAACAGCGAUGAAGAGAACUCCUCAUCUCAGUGCAGAGCAGAAAGCUCUUAGAAGAGCCUGGGAUGCUCUCGCUGAGAAGCUACGUGAGUAUAAAACAGAGCUGGACCUGAGCCUUCCAUCCCCACUGGACACUGUAGGCCGCUGGUUAUUGCGUAUUGAAGAAGUUUUAUCUGCUGAAGAGGGUGAGCCAAUAGAUCACGCCCGAGCUGCAGAGGAGGCUCGGGAGAAACUUGAGAUACUAAAGGUGUGUUUGGAGGAGAUGCCACAUCAUAUCAAGAGGUUUAAUAUGUUUCAAAACACAAAUGAGUUUGGAGAAGCUCUGGUGCCGGCAGACAAGAUGGAAGAGAUGAAGAGAAGGUUCACCAGUGUUCGUGUGACAGCUAAGUAUCAUGGUAUUAAGCUGGAGUACCGUGAGCGCAGACACACAGUGUUAGACCUGCUGAAUCAACUCAACAUUAAACUGCGAUCUUGGAAAAGAGCCUACAUUUCCCAGGAGGCUGUUCGUGUGCUAAUGCAGGACUGGAAUGAGACUGUGAACAAACAGGAACUGACAUCUAUGCUGGAUGGAGCCCUCCAUAGACUCAAACUAAUCUCCAACAAAUACACCAGCAAGGCUGCUUUGGCUGGAGACUCGACUCAGGUAAAUCAUCAGGUGGCUGAUCUGGAAGCAGAUGUGAUAACUACUCUGGAGGAUGUACGGAUAGUGAGGGGAAAUAUGGGACGUGUUUUGGCAGCAUGGGACUCUUAUAGUGAUAUCUACACCUCAAUGCGAGCAUGGCUGGAGCAGGGUCCACAUGCCCAGCGACACGGGCAGAAUACACAGGUGACAUUAUCAGUUAUGUCAGAGUGGAGUUCCCGCCAAGCUCACCUGAAUGAGGUGGCCAACUACUUAACAGAGGUCACAGACCCACAGACAAGCCGUGCUAUUUCAGAUGAGCUCUGCAAGAUAAAUCUGCUCUGGGCUGACUUUGCCAAAACAGCCCAGUUUUCUUUAGCUGAGGAGCCCAGUGCUGGCCCAUCCAGUCCUCAGACAGUUCAGUCUCUGAUAAGGGAGGCCACUCAGUUGCUUAAAGAACCCGUGGAGGUUGUUUCUGGAUCACUACGUACUUACACGAAGAAACUACAGCUUAUGAUGAAGAAAAUAAAGGAUGUGGAUCUAGAAGCUCUCUCACCAUCUCUAGACUGCUCUCCAGAAACCCUGAGCAAACUUCAGCAAGCCAUUCCUGAAGUGCUGCAGACACUCUGUGAGGCUGAGCAGGUGUGUGAUGAGCUGCGGGUGAGUGUAAGUGGGUUAGACAGCCGUCUAGCUGAACUGUUACACUGGGAGAUGGAAGCCAGAGAGCUGUAUCAGCUACUAAAGGAGGAAACACACAGGCAUAAGAGAGGACAAGACUCCAGAGCACGGCUGUUGAUUUCAAAAGGUUUACAGUUAGAAGGUCAGGUGGUUAUGGAGGAGCAGGAUCUGCAGUUGAUGGUGAUGACUGGUCAAAAGACUUCACCACUGCAAUAUCUCAUCGCAUCUACCAUGCAGGAUAGAGUCCGCACUUCUGUUGAAAAGUCACAGGAAGCCGUAGGGAUGCUUAGCUCCUUGGGGGCUUGCAGAGACCGAAGCCCUGUUCGAGAACAACCCCCUUCCAAGAUCUUUGUCCAAUAUCAGGAGACAGCGGAAGAGUCCCAAAAACCUUCCUUCCAGCCUGUCUCUCCAUCAGGAGCCACUAUCCAACCAGAACUUCAGCCUGCGGUCAGGGCCAAAGUCCCAGAACAAUCUCAAAUACUCUCAGAGGUAUCUUCUCAAGCUGUAGACCUCAAGACCAAGCAUUGUAAUCAGCCUGUGCCAAUGAUUGUUGUGCAAGAGUAUGAAGAGGAGAAAAGUAGUCCACAACCACAAAUGCAUCCUUCUGUGCAAGUGAAAGACUCUCAGUCCAUUGAAAUCAAGUCAGAGAAUGUUAUUCACGCUCAAACAAAAAUCGAUAUAGAACAUCAUGUAGAAAGCCAGGAAUGUUUACCACAGUCUGUGAUACAACAACAGACAGAAAAAGGCCCGGUAGCUAGCCAAUCCUCACUGAACCUACAACAAGCAGAGCUACAAGUACAUAAUAAACAACAAUUAGCAACACAGCCACAUGUACAGAUUGAUCAACAAGAGAAAAUUCAGCUUGCCAAACAGCAGAAGGUUCAACCACAAGUAUCAAUCCAGUCACAGCCACAGGGCCAACUAAAACCACAAACACAGCACGCUCCAGAGAAGCAGAGGAAAGUAAAAAAGUCCCAGGCACAUCUGCAAAACAGACCUUGGCUUCAACAGAGGAGUCAACUGGAAAAUGUUAGUCAAAAAGCAAUGCCACAAUCUCAGUCAGAGUCUGAAGACAAAUGUCAAAUUAGUUCUCAGGCACCAUCACAGCAUAUAGUAGCUGUCAGCUCACCUGAAGUUCAGGGACCUGCUCAAGGCACAGAACAGUCAAAAAACAUUGGUAAUAGUGAUGAGAAACAUCAGAAGCCAGCUCAGUCUGUUGUACAAGUUAAACAUCUUGUAGAAACACAAAAUCUACCUCAAACUGUGCCAGCGGUUUCAGCACAACCAGUGACUCAAAGACAACCACAACAGUCAGUGGCUCAUCAACAAGUAUUUUCCCAAGCUCAGUCCACUUUAUCAACUCAAGCUCAAACAACUACACAACAAACACAAGCUACUGCACCCAUUAAACCACAAAAGCAACCUCAAACACACAUAGUGACAUCACAGCAACCUCAAGUGAUAAUCCAAAAACAGGCACAAUCUCAAACCAUGACUCCCAUGCAACCACAGGUCAUGGCCCAAUGGCAGCCUCAACAGACUAUUGCUCAGCCUCAUCCUGCAUUGCCACAACCACAAAGAUGUCCAGUGAUCCAAACAAUGCCCCAAAGACCAGUCCAACAGUACCCAACAUCUCCCACUCAACCACAAAUAUCUAGGCAGAGACAACAGUCUCAGCCCCAGCAACCCGCAAUAAACAAUCCAAAUGUAAUUUCCUCUCAACCCAAAUGUGCAUCCCCCAUACAACCCAGAAUCAUCUCUAUGCCUCAACCCCAAAUGCCUUUUCAAUCUCAACCCCAAAUGCAGGUCAAAGCCCAGGUAGGUGCGCCACAUGUGAUUCAACCUCAGGGGCAACCCCAGUGGGGUCAACCCGGAGAUGUCACCCAAGUGUACCCGAGAGUGCAAGGACCAAUUUCUGUUGCUGCCCAAAUGCAGCCUCUGGCCCAUUUCCAAACUCAUCCCCAACCUCAAAGUAUCCCUCCAACUCAACCUCAGCAGUGGUCACCAAUAAGACCAGGCAUAAUGACCCAGACAUACCCCACUGUCCAAAUUCCAGGUCAGGUAGUCGCCCCUCAACCUCAAAUGGCAGGUUACCCUAAAAUCCAGCUGCAUUCACAGCCUCAGCAGUGGGCCUCUGCUAGACCUGAAUCGCCUUGGGGUCAAUCACAGAUAAGACCCCAAGGUCCAGCACAAAAUAUAGUUCCUUCUCAGCAAUGGAGCCCUGUGAGUCCAGAUAGAGUCAGUCCAGUAUACCCAAGGCCUGAAACCCAAGGGCCGAAGGGACCACAUCCUCAGUCUCAAUAUCAAGCCCUUCAAAGGCCAGCAAGCCCUCAGUGUCAGUGGAGUCCGGUCCGGCCAGAACAUCAGUUUCAAAUUUCUUCCCAGACUAUCUUUCAUGGUGCUCCCCAGCCAGUAACUCCAUGGAUUCAUCCACCUGCUCAAGCUCCCAUAAGACCUCAAAGUCCACAACAGCCUCAGCAAAGUCAGCAAAAAUUGAGUUCAUCCAAGUCAGAGGCCCAAUCUGCAACCCUCAUCCAAAGCCAAGUUGCCCAGGCAGAGCUUCAGUCCCAAGAUCUCACAAAGCCACAGUUACCAGUACAGGACCCACCCCAGCAGCAGUCAGCUCCUCGGGUUAAGCAGCCAGCACUUGCCCAGGCUCCACCUCAAGCUUACUCUGAGGCUUAUAUAAAGGCACAGGCCCUAGUUAGGGAUAGAUUUGAAGAAGCCAAGCACUGUCUUCAAGAGCACAUUAUAGAAGCUAUCAAUGUAUUCAAGGACAAGAGAAUGACGGACGAACAGGCAUCAGUUAAGGAGGAGACGCUUCGGACUCUUGACCCUGAACUUCUUGAAGAGUUCCUAAGGGCUGCGGAAGGAAUGGAAGCUUUUUGCACCCCUUCUGAACUUAGAGACAUGGAGUUUUUCACACAGUCUGUUAGAACGCAGUGGAAGGAUGUUCGAGUGCAAAUAUCAGAAUUUUUGAAGCAACUCAGAUUUGAGUUAACCCGCCUGCAUUUUAAUCGUAUGGUUGAGACAUGUGAGAUACACUUUAAGAAGGAAAAACUCAACCAUAGGCCUGAAUCAAUAUCAGAAUCAAAAGAAGAGGCUUGUUUAUCUGCAGAGGGCAGUCUGGCAGAGGCAGGACAGCAGCUGGAAGCUCUAAAGGAGUUGUGUGAUACUCUGAGCCCUGAGGAUGCACACAGGCUCGCACAAGCCCAGCUUAGAGAAUGUGAGAGACGGCUUGCUGCCAUCCAGCGGCAGUUUAGUGGAGACACAGAUACACCUUCUUCAGACACUAGUAGUUUACAAACAGAGCAAACAAAAGAGUCUCCCAAUCAAAAAGCACCAACAGUCCCACCACCACCUGAGAAGCCCAAAGAGGUUAUUGUUUCAGAGGCUGUUAUGCCAGUUAGCCCCCAGCGACCGAGAACUGUGGAGAAGAGAGAGAUAGUGAAACAAAUGAGUACAGAAGAAGACAGGUAUCGCAGCUCCAGAUUUGCAUUACAGGCUCAGCUAAACAGAAAUGAGCAAUGCAUGCUUGGAGAUCGUACUUCAGAAUCAGUCACUCCCACAGACCUGCAGAAACGACUGAGAGAGUUAAAGUCUCUGUGGGAUGAGACAGAGUCUCUGUGGAAGGAGUAUGAAGCGCUGUGUAUGCAGUGUGUUCAACACAAUGAACGAGCUGUUGAGCAGGACCGUAUGGAGCUCACUGUCAGGUGGAGAGAGCAGAGGUCACAGUUACAGGGCAGGGUGGAUUCACUGGGAGCAGCACUUGAGCUCAUGGACUCUAUUAAGCUGAAGAUCUCUGAGAUUUCUGAAAGGCUGGAAAAUUUCAUCAAAGAGCCCAAAGACAUUAAGGGAUAUACACUAGCUAACCCUACCAUUUUGAGGGAUGUGAAGGACUUGGAUGAAAGUAUCCAGACAGAGAUGGAUCGUCUGUCUCGUUUCGAUUCUGAGCCCAGUCAUCUUGACUUGCGUGACCGAUCACCUCUGACCCAGGUGGUUCUGAAUCACAGAUCCAGCCUGGACCGGCUCAGGCAACAAGUGCGCAAGAGCGAUGCCGCUGCCCGUGCCCUCGACCGCUUCCUCAUGUCCCUGCGCACAGUGGAGCUGGAUGUCUCUUCUGUGCAAAGUGCCUCCAGCAACGAUGCUGUUGUACUGCAGGACAGUAGGUCCAAACUGGCACUAAUCAGAAAGGGAGUCAGCAGCCUCAAGGAUAAGGCUCCACAGCUGGACCAGCUCUUGGGCGGAGCACAGCUGGAAGUGACCCAGGAUGGGAGCCAUGUUUCCUGUCUGGACAUGGUGGGGGUACUGGUUCACAGGGUGGAAGAGGCAGAUGAUCGACUGAUGAUUCGACAGAAUGAGCUUCAGAAAGAACAGCAGAACCAGAGCCUCGGCCUGAGGAGGAAGACUAUCCAGGCUGAGUUAAGGAAGGUGCUGGCAGCAGCAGAAAAACAGGGUCUAAAGGAUCCCACAAUGCCAGCUGUGCAACAUCGGAUGCGAGCACUGUCUGAUGUUGAAUUACAGUUGAACUCUCUUCGCCCUGAAUACCAAAGCAUCAAGAAGGCUUUGUCUGAAGUAUCUCCACAGAAAGAGCACCCUAGUGCAGCAAAUGAAGAGCUAGACUUUCUUUGGGAUGAGACUGAAAGAGCUAUAUCUGAUAGACAAGAGCAGUGCACUGUUCUUAUGGAUCUCCUGAAGAAAUUUCAAAACUGUCGCAGUUACCUGGGGAACACUCUACAAAGAGCAGAGCAAACAAUCAAUGAGCAAGCUUCGUAUAUGGGCAAAGACAACCUACAGCGACUUCUUGCAAAAGUUGUUGGCAUAAAGGAGGAUCUCAAUACCCUCGGACCCAAAAUGGAGGAGUUCAGAUCUGCGUGCAGACAGUUGCAGUCCCAGCUAAAGAAAAUUCCUGAUUGUUCAGAAACUCCAUUUGAGACAGAGGCAGAUGCUUUGGUGGACUCAUGGCUGGAUUUGUCAGAGAAGACAGAUAGUUAUAUGGAUAACCUGCGUGUGGGUCUGGAGUUGUGGGAGAAACAGCUGGUUCUGGGUGGAGAAGUGGAGAGCUGGACUUCUACUAAACUCAUUAUUUUCUCAGAAUCUCACCCUUUCAGCAGUGAGACGGAGGUUGACAGCAUGAAGAAUGAGAUUCAGUGCCAGGAGGACAACCUUGAACACUUCCACAAGAAGUUACUGGAGAUUCAGGAACUGCUACUGAGCAAAGAAUCUCCUCUUGAGUUACAGGUAAUGGAAACAAACCUGAGGAAGAAAAUGGAGCAGGUGAAGGAACUCUACACCGACUGCACUGAAGUGUUCCAGGAGCUCCUUACAGUUAAAGCUCAUAUGAUAGAAAAGAUAGACACCUAUCAAUCAUCUGUGAAGAAUAUACGCUCCUCUGUAGACAUGAUCAGUUCAGAGGAUCGCGCAGAACUGGAUGCGCAUUUACAGGAUUUGUGUGAGCAGCUUUUGGACCAGGAGGAGCAGGCUGAAUCUUUGCUGAAGGAAAUAAAUCUCAUGUCCAGCAUUACUGGACCACAGGCCUUGGAGGAGCUGACCAAUCAUAGUAAGCGUCUAAAAGACAGCAUAACGGAAACACGGGAGCUGAUUCGCCAGAAGAAGGACCAAGGGGAGAAAAGCUUCCUUCAGACAAUUAAAGAAGAGUUCCAGUCAUUUGAGGAGUGGUUGCAAGAUGAGCAGCUUUCAGUGAAUGAGUGCUUUGAGAACCCUGAGAGAAAGCAGGAUAUAGAAACAUCCAUGCAUAGACUGACAAGUUUCCUUGCCUCUAAGGAAGGAGAACAACGUCUGGCACAGUUGAAGGAGAGGUUUGAGCAAGGAGGACAGGCAAAGCUCCCUACGGAGGCUCAAGCUUUGCUUUCCACAUGGCAUCAGGAACAGGAAGGAGAACUAGCUACACUCAGGGCUCACUGCCAAGGACGCCAUAAACAGUUAGAUGAUAUCCUCUACAAUCUCAACAGUUUGCACGAGGAACAUAACCAUUUGAACACCUGGCUGCAGCAGAGAGAACAAGUGCCUGAACACAGAGAAAAACUGAGGCAAACCCAAGAGGAUUUUCUUAAAGAAAGCGGCCGUGUGGAGGCUUUCAGUGACCUGUUGUCUGCUGUAAGGAUGCGUGGCUUGAGGGGAGACUCUCACCUUAGAGACUGUGAGACCCUGAUUGACCGAUACCACAGCUUGGGGAUUCUUUUGGAGAAUCAGGCACAAGUCCACAAGACCCUUGAUGAUCAAAUUGAAACAUUCCAAACUACUGCAGAACAGAUCAGAACAUGGAUAAGAAAUUUAAAGCAAAGACUUGAGCACUUGGGGACAGACACACCAAUGCAGGAAAAACAUGUAAAUGCUCAGGCUGUUCUUAAUCUGAGUCCUGAGGGUGAUGCUAAACUCUUGACUCUGAAAGAAGAGGGUGAUGCUUUAUGUGCUCAUGAGAUUUUGGAGGACACCAGAAGACAGGAGCUCAUUCACACCCUUGUAAACACUGAAGAUGAGUGGAAAAGAGUUCUGGAUAUGGCUCAUCAGCUAAAACAUCAAGCAGAAAUCCAAGACACUGUCUGUAGAGAACUAGAAGAUCUACAGGCCCAGGAGGAGAGCAUCCAGUCCUGGGUGAGAGAACAACUGCACAUGCUUUGCUCUUUGGGGAAGGACCUUCAGCCACAUGAAAAACUCAAUAAAGUGCAGGCUGUCAUAGACCUUGGUGAUGAAGCCGAUUCCAGAUUGGCCUGUUUACAAAGACAAGGACAACAUUUAUGUUCUUAUAAAGAGCUAGAGAUUGAGAGGAGGAGCCACAUUGACCAAACCCAGAGAGCACUAGAGGAGGAGUGGAGGAAAGUGCUACAACUUGCCCAGGAGCUCAAGAACCAGGUCAAGCAUGAGGAAUCUCUCUACAGAGAGUUGCAGACUUUCUGUGAUCAGGGAGAGGACACUCGAUCCUGGAUUAGACAUCUCAAAGAGACCCUGGAUUUCCUUCUUGUGACACCUUCAAUUCAAGAGAGGCUUAAUGGAGCUGAGGCACUACUAGCUCAUAAAUCUGAGUGGGACUAUAAACUUUCUGACCUAAAGUCUAAAGGAGAGAGUCUAUGUUCCUAUAAAGAUCUAGAUGAGGACAAACAUCAGAUAAUCCAGCACACAUUACAAAAUGUACAGCAAGAGUGGAUGGGAGUUCUGAUGCAGGCUCAGGAACUGAAGAAUCAAUCAGAACUUGAGCAGUCUCUUUCUAAGGACAUUCAGGAUCUUCAAGAGCAGGAGGAAAGCACUUACUCUUGGCUUAAAGAGCAGCAUCUGAAGCUCAAAUUGCUUGGUGAAGAGACUCAGUUACAAGAGAGAAUGAAUGGAGCUCAGGCCAUCCUGAACUCAGAAUCAGAGGCGGAUUACAAGCUAGCCAACCUGAGGAGGAAAGCAGUGGGUUUGUGCUCUAGGGAAGGCCUAGGGAAGAAAAGAAAACAGGAAAUCCAGCUGAACCUGAGAUCAAUUGAAGAAGAAUGGAAGAAGAUCUUGGCAAGUGCUCAAGAAUUAAAGAACCAGGCUGAGCUCCAAGAUUCUCUUGAAAGGGAGAUCUGCAAUGUCUGUACCCAGGAGGAGAGUACCUGGACCUGGGUAAAGAACCAGAAAGAUUGCGUGGACUCACUUGGAAUAAGUACUCAUGGUACGCAGGAGCAGAUUGAGGAAAGACUAAUCAAAGCACAGGGAAUUCUAAGUCUGCACUCUGAGGGCAACUCUAAGAUUGCAGCCCUGAAACAGACAGUAGACCAUCUUUUUAACCGUGAAGAUCUUAAUGAAGAUGCAAGACAUGCUCUCAUUAAGAAAAUUAAAAACACAGAGGAGGAGUGGAAGACAACACUGCAGCAAGCACAGGAGCUGCAUAGUUUGCUAAAAAGUGUAGUGGAACGUCUGAUGUCCUGUCGAUGUCAAAAGGAACAGCUACAGUCUCGUCUGGAUCAGGUGAAACAGCAAAGAGCUGCACUGCCACAACAAUUCCCCUGGCCUGGUUUAGGUGAUCGAAGACACACAUUGGAGCAAGCCAAAUGUCUGCUAGACCGUACCAGAGCCCUGACCCCAUCUCUGUCGGCUGUUCGAGCUCUCGGGAGGGAGAUGAGCCAGCUGACCCGUGAUUCCAGCUGGAUUGAUCCAUCCUGGUCCACCACAGAGGAGUGCAUACCUGAGUUAAUAAAAGAUCUUACGGAGUUUUGCGUAAAUCUUGAAGAGGAAAUCCGGAGAGAGCGAGUUUGUGCUCAGUUAGUUGAGCAGCAUACUGUAGCACAGGAUUGGCUGAGAGAGCAAGUCAAAGGUUUCGGUGCUCUUCCCACUGAACGUCAUGAUUUACAAAGCUCUAUUAACACUCUUAAGGCUCUUCUUCAGACCAUAGACAGGGAGAAGAGAGAAAUGAAAGAACUGGAUGCUGUUAAAGAUUCACUGAUGGAUCUUUGCACUCCAGGAGGAUGUGAUGCCCUGACCUUAGAGGUCAGCCAUCUUCAUGACCUCUGUGUGUCCUCGGAGAAAGAGAUGAGGGAACGGUUAGAUGUGUGUGAGGCCCGAUUGAGUGACAUUGAGCUCAGGCUUGCUGGCAGGGCACAAAUUCUCAGGGAGCAAUCAGAGAGUCUCCUUGAUGAGCUGCGUGCUCAGGACCACUCUUUAGGAUUCCUGAUGGAUAGCCAGAGUAUCAGCCAACUACAGGAGAAUUGGCAUAGUUUUAAGACAUGCGAAAGAGAGCUUGAGUCUUUAGAGGGCAAAGUUCGUGACCUUGGCCAGGCUCUCCAAAUGGUCCCACCAGAUGAGGGACCCCCAAGUGAUGUCAUUUCCAUAGUGGACACAGUUACACAACAAUAUUGCAGUCUGCGGUCAAAACUAUCGGAAAAGCAAAAUGACUGUGCAGACAGCACUGUGCAGUUUGUGAGACAGGCCUUACAAAAUGUACAGUCAUGGAACCAGACACAUGCAAAUCCUCCCUGCAGCCCAGCCACAUCCAUGCAGGCUGCAAUUGAGGAAGGUGGGAAACUGCGUAAAACCCUGCAAGUAGCACUGUCCCAUAGAGAACUGCUGAGAGAAUGUUUAGGCCCUGACUUGGCUGGCAAACUUGAAAGGGAUGGAACAAAAGCACUAAACGAAGCAGACAUUCACAUGACUGACCUCAAACAGGAGCUUAAGAAUGUGGAGGAGAGCGUGAAACAGGAAGCUCAGAGGUUGUUACUCGAAGCUCAAAGCAUUCAGCUUGAUUUACAGGUUUCUGCUGCGACACCAAAAAAGGAAUCUAAACAGUUGGAAUUUGUUUCUUCAUUUAUCACGGAGAGCAUUGAAAUGACACAUGACAGUCAGCAGGCUAAGGUACAGCCAUCUGAAAACAUUGACAGUGAGAUCUCUCCAUGUGUAAUCUCAGAAAUUCCCACCGCAAGAAAAUCACUACCAAUAUUAGAGAAUGACACUGAACAGAUUGAUGUCCAAACAACUGUACAAUUAACCACAGAGAUGCUACCUGAAACAGCAACAGAAUAUGAAACUGCUCCUCCCUCAAGCAGCUAUGGUGCAAAUGAAACUGAAAGUGAGAAUUUAAUUUCUUUGGAAACAAAGUCUGAUAAUGAUGGGAAUGCAGAUGAAAAGAUCCUCAUUUCCUCAUCUGUAGAUGUCUACAGCUUGGAAGCCACAGUACAUGACACAGAUGUGGAAUUACACAGCACUGAGAUUCUUAGCACAGAAGGACAAGUAAACCUAUUUUCCGAUGUAGUUGUAAGUUCAGAAUCUUUUGCUGAUAGAGUAGAGGGUGAUAACAAUGAAGUAGUGACUGCAGAGCCAAAUAAAGAGGAAGAGGUCUCAUAUAUUUCACUUUCUCAGGAGCAACCUUGUGGAAAAGGUGAAGGGCAUGGCAAAAAGGUUACUGAAUUCCUUUUAGAUAUGGAAGUGCACAUAGAUAGUGUAGACUCAUACUCCCACACACCCACAGUUGCUGCUAUAGUGAGAGAAGGCUCUGAUAGUGCUGUUUUAAAUGAGAAGACACUGGGAAGACAAGAUCAUGAAACACUGGCCCCUCCAGAAGCUGAAACUGCUGAAGUAAUCACAGAACCAGUUUGCAUCCCAUCUUCUCUUAAUAAGCCAAGUAUGGUGAAUGUUUCCGAUAUUAGUUCAGCAGCAGAAGCAGAACUGUCACAGCUCAUCGAUUUAGACACCAACAGACAAAUGCAAACAACAGUGGCUCCACCUUCUGAAACACAAGGUAGUGAAGAUGCUGCUUCCAGAGGUAUUGGAACAUUUUCUUGGAACAAUGGACCAAAUGCUGCAAUUGCUGACAGAGAGAGCAACUGGACUACAAAUAAUGGCCCACGUGAAAUUCAACAGCGAUAUAUUAUUUUAGACUUCCCUGAGGGGAUGGAAAUGCAGAGACAUCAUGCUCAUGAAGCUACUCUUUUCAGGGAACCCACCGAGACACAGAUUCAGGGAUCAGAAUGUUCAGUGUCAGAAAGAAUGGAGACAGAAUUUGAUGCUAAAACAGAAUCAGAGGCCAUAGCCAGUACAAUCAAAACUUUAGAAGCAUCCAAACAGUCUGAAUUGGUUGAUGCAAGCCUAAAACUAGUUGGAGACGUCAUGCAUUUUGUUGUAGAAGAAGAGAAAACUCAAUCAGGUGAUAAAAUGCAAUUCAUAGAAGUUGAUCCUAAAGUUAACCCUCCAAUCAAGCAACAAAAUGAGGUAGAAACUGAGGUCCAACAAACAAACAAAGUGCAUGUCUUAACAGCAGAGGUGAAACCUGAAGGUGAAGAAGCCUUUGAUGUCUUUUGGGGAGAAGAAACAAAGACCCAAUCAGGUGGUAAAGCACGAUCCAAAAAAAGGGAACCUGAACUAACAGCUCCAAUCAAGCUCAUGGUUGACUGGGACAUUGAGGUACAACCUAGAACAAUUAAUGUCUCACUGACACCAGAGAAAAAACAAGUUAUAGACACUGCAGAUGUCAUUGUAGAAGAAGAGACAAACAAGAUCUCAUCAGAUGAAAAAGCACAUUCCAUAAAAGCUGAACCUAAACCAACAUCACCAAUCAGACAAAGAAAUGAGAAUAAGUUUGAUGUCCAGUCAGACAAGGUGUAUAUCUCAACAACAUCAGAGAAGAAACCUGAAGGUACAGAGGUUAUCACUGUCAUUGUGGAAGAUGAGAUAAAGAUGACUCCAUCGGAUGAUAAAGCCCAAUCCCCAGAUGGAGAACCUGCACUUAAACCACCAGUCAGGCAACACAAGGAGGGUGAAACCAAUGUCCAGUCAAACCAGGUAAAACUGUCAACAACAUCAGAUAAGAAACCUGGAGAUACCAUGAAUAUCUCUGAGGAGAAAGGGACAAAAAAGACAUUGCUUGAUAAAGUGCAAUCCAUAGAAGCUGAGCCUAAACCAACACCACCAGUCAGAAGAAGAAAUGAGGGUGAAACUGAGGUCCAAUUAGAUAUGGUAGAUGUCAUACCAACACCUCCCACCAGACGAUGUAAAGGUGAUAGAUCAGCAUUAGAUAUUGAAUCACAGAUAGAGGGAGAAGUUCUUCCCACCCCACCAAGCAGAAGACGUAGAGAUAAAAUAGGAAUAAAGAGAUUUUCACUUGAUUUAGAGUCCCAACCCACACCACCAUCAAGACAACGUAAAGAAAAAGAAGACAGAAGAUUAUCACUUGAUCUAGAGACACAACCCACACCACCAGAGAGACGAUGUAAAGAAAAAGAAGGUAGUAAAUUAUCACUUUAUCUGGAGACACAACCAACACCACCAGCGAGAAGACGAAAGGAGAAAGAAGGUAGUAAACUAUCACUCAAUCUGGAGACUGAACCCACACCACCAGCAAGACGACGUAAAGAAAAAGAAGAUAGUACAUUAUUGCUUGAUCUGGAGGACCAACGAACACCACAAGAAAAAGAAGAUAGUACAUUAUCACUUAAUCUAGAGACUGAACCCACACCACCAGUGAGACGGCGAAAGGAGAAUGAAGAAAGUCAAUUAUUGCUCAAUCUGGAGACCGAACCCACACCACCAGUGAGACGACGAAAGGAGAAAGAAGGUAGCAAAUUAUCACUCAAUCUGGAAACAGAACCCACACCACCAGUGAGACGACGAAAGGAGAAAGAAGGUAGCAAAUUAUCACUCAAUUUGGAGACCGAACCCACACCACCAGUGAGACGACGAAAGGAGAAAGAAGGUAGUAUAUUAUCACUUAAUCUAGAAACCGAACCCACACCACCAGUGAGACGACGAAAGGAGAAAGAAGGUAGCAAAUUAUCACUCAAUUUGGAGACCGAACCCACACCACCAGUGAGACAACGAAAGGAGAAAGAAGGUAGUAAAUUAUCACUCAAUCUAGAGACUGAACCCACACCACCAGUGAGACGACGAAAGGAGAAUGAAGAAUGUCAAUUAUCACUCAAUCUGGAGACCGAACCCACACCACCAGUGAGACGACGAAAGGAAAAUGAAGAAAGUCAGUUAUCACUCAAUCUGGAGACCGAACCCACACCACCAGUGAGACGACGAAAGGAGAACGAAGAAAGUCAGUUAUCACUCAAUCUGGAGAAUGAACCCACACCACCAGUGAGACGAUGUAAAGUAAAAGAGGAAAGUAGAUUAUCACUUGAUCUGGAGACCCAACCAACACCACCAGAAAGACCAUAUAAAGAAAAAGAUGAAGAUAAAGGAUUAUCAAUUGUUCUGGAGCCUCAACCAACUCCACCAUCAAAAAGAGGGAAAGAUAAGAUAGAGAGUGACACGUUAUAUUACAGUGCUCAGUUAGGAAAAAGUGAUAAUCAGCAAACCAGUGAACAUAGAGACAAGGAGGAACACACUGUUAAACCAACUCCACCUGUCAGACGCAAAAUUAGUCAGGUUGAAAGUGAUGUGGCAGUUUGCAAAAACCAAGAAGAGAAAGAGACCUUUGUGAAACUCACACUGCCGACAAGAAGGAAAGAUAGCGUUGAGAAAGAAAUUGUCACAUGUGCUUCUAACCUGAAAGAAGAUAUAAGCAUACAUAAACCAACUUCACAUCUGAGGCAAAAAGACAGCCAAGCAGAAACUGAGAUUGUUUCAACCACUCUUAAAAGUCAACCUGAGAAACUCCUUCCAACUCCACCAACCAGGCGAAAGAAAGAUCAAAUAGAAGUUCCAUUAUUGCCAGAAGAGCCACAGCUCAUGUCAACUCCAACAAUCAGUGAUGAAAUAAGUUCAUGUAAUGAGGUUUCUAUGUGUGCAAGACUGGAAUUUGAAGCAGAUGUUGAGGCAAUAACUAAACAGGAAGAUAAAGAUGAGUCCCAUACAAAGUCAUUGGUUGGUCAGCAGCAAGAGGAGGAAAAGGACUCUACUUUGGUCCCCAAACCCAUAAGUUUAAUCAGUCAGACGGAGAGCGUCAGUGAGAUGCAGCCACAAGAUCAAGUUAAAGAAGUUCCUCCUCAAGCUGGUCUCCAGCGCGAAAUCACUGAGAGCCAAGCUGAGGAAGAGAGAGAGCCAGAGGGACCCACAAUGAAGGAUAUCUUCAUGGAGAUAAAAAAAAUGACUGAAAAGGGAUUAAAAAGUGUACUCAUGGAGGGUAUACCUCAUAAAAGUACAAGGAAACUUCUUGACACUUCCAGCACUGAUCUUGAAGCUCGGUUAAAAAGGCUAGUGUUUCAUUUACUGGACCUUCGCACUUGCCCAGCUGCUCUGAACCCCAAAGACAUGGCCAAACAAUUAGAGGAGGCUGAGGAAUGUAGAAGGUGUGCCCAGAGACAGGUAUCUAUGCUGUCUAGGCAAGACCAGACUAAUGGAGACAUUGGAAGUGGCACUGAUGGCACAGUUCAUGACCCUGAGGGUAUGCAACAGCUGAGUGCCCAGUGGAGUGCAGCUUUGUGGGAUGCUGCAAGCUCUGUUCACUCUAAAGAAGCUCAACUACAGAUGGUUGCAGAUUUCAACAGACAGACCCAGAAGGUCAAAGCUGUCCUGGAAAGACUCAAAAUUGAGCGUGUGGCAUUGAAAUUCUCUCCAGCUGUGAGCAGUUUUGAUGAGGAGGAAAGGCUCCGCUCUUUCUUAAGAAAUAUGGAGCAGGAAAGGAUAGCUCUUGGUGAGUUAAUUCAGACUCAUGCAAAACUGUCCCCCCACCUCAGUGUGCCUGAGAGACAAGCAGCGGAAAUACAACAAAACAAUUUGCAAAGUCAGUGGAGGAUGCUGGAGAAAGAUGCAGAGAUUGCUCUUUAUAUGGUUAAUGCUUAUGCUAAAGAAAGCAGCAACCUUACUCAAGAGGUCACUGGCUUAAAACACCAGCUCGAGAACAUUCAGAAGACCUUGGAUGUAUCGAAAUCGUCACCAGUUUUAUGGGACAGCAAGAAAGCUCAAGAAAUUAUGAAUUUAAAUGCAGAUCUCACUUCCACUCAUCAGCAGCACCUCUACCUUCAACAGACCUCUGAGGUACUUGCCCAGGAAUUGCAAUUCAAUGCAGAGAUAUCCAGCAUAGAGCAGGAUCUUCAACAUAUAAAAGAUCAACUGGAUCGAAUGGGUGAACACUUAGCAGCUUCAACCCCUAGCAGCAGUAACACAACAUUAAGUAAAAUUGUUAAGGUGAUGACAGAUGCUCUCGCUUGGGCCAAGCAGACAGAAUGUGAUGUCAAAGGACGGCAGAAAAAGGUGUCAUUGCUUCCAGAAGAAGUCCAUAGACAGAUUAAAGAUUUAAAGAAACUACAGUCUGAGAUGAACUCAAAGCAAACCCAGUUGAAGUCUUUGGUUGAGGAAGUCACUGAGCUGAUUUGUGACCUAGAUGAGGCUGACGUUUCGAUGGUAACCUCAUCCUUGACGGUCCUAGAGAAUUUGUCCAAAUCAACUGCAGGAAAACUGGCUGAGGCAGUUCGUGAGAUGGAGUCAGGACUUCAGACCCGGGAGAAGAUGUCAGAGCAGAUAGCAGAUGUUGAUUCCUGGGUGGUUGGACAUUUGCAGAGAGAAGCUUUGAGGAGAGAAGAUUAUCAAAGUUUGAGUGUGGCAGACCUAGAUCGCAGGUUGAGGCAGAUCCAGGACACUCUUGGAGAGGCAGAAAAGCAAUCCGCCGUCACAGAAGCCCUUCUGAUGAAAAGCAGAGACAUUGCAUCCGAACUAAGUGUUACAGAGAGUACUAAACUCUGUGAGAAACUCACAAGUCUUCAAGAGGACAUCAAGGGUAUUGUUAUCUAUGAAAAAGCAUGUUGCCAAAAAGUUAUGGAUGUCAUACAGAGUCAAGAAUUCUCUCAGAGGAAGGUGUUGUCUCUCGAGAACAGCCUGAGACAAAUGUUAGUUGAUGUAAAAAGACACAGGUUUCCUGUAACCAAGGAUUCCCUCUCUGUCAUUGAACCCUUCAAACAGAUGCUUGUGGAGCGAAAAUCUCAGGUUGAGCAAGUCAGUCCUUGUUCAGAGGACAAGAGAAGAGAGCUGUUAUGCAUUAUUACUGAACUGUACCACAAAAUGAUUGAUUUGGAUCUCAAAUCACAAGCUCAUGAAAGAUACUUGAGCCUCAGUCAGUGUGUUGAAAAUGUCAAGAAAGAAAUGGAAGCUCAGAUCCCAAGGACCAAAGAUGAGAGCAUCAACAAAGAGGAACGCUACAGAGCCUGUCAGGCCCUUCUGAUCCAAAUCUCUUUAGUAAAACUUUUGUGUGAGGAAACAAUAGAUGAACUGCAUGAAAUCAUAGCAGAUCUAUAUCCAUCUCAGCUCUCUGCAGAACAAACAAGGCUCAAACAAAUCCUGGAAAGUCUCAAAACCUCAGAAAUGGCAGUGAACAAUAAUCUUCAGAUAUUGGAAUGGGAUCUGCUAAAACAUAUUCAUUAUCCAUCAGAAAGAAGAGCACUUCAGCAAUUCCUCAAAGACACUAAUGAGCAGCUAGAAAAGCCUUUUAGUAUGGAACCAAAAGAGGCAGUGAUUGAAAAACAACUAAGAAAGUGCCUUGUACUCAGAAGGAAUAUCGAAUCUAGAAUGCGAGUACUUGAGUUUCUUGAAAAUAAGACUGGAGCUCAACCUCCUCAGGACUCUGGACAACUUACUUGCUUGAAGGAUAUGGUUUUGGAAAAGUGUGAUCAACGAAUGGUGAGCCUAACUAAAGCUAAACAACUGUUGAGGAACUACACCAAAGCAGUGACUGAUACCAUUCGGUUCCUUCAUAGAGGCACGCUGGCCCUCCUUCCCUCAAUCUGCUCUUCAAGAAGCUGCUCAGAAAGACUAAAAGAUGCACAACAUGCUUUAUUGACUCUAGACACAGAGUUCCAGUCACAUGUUUCACAGCUUCAAGCUCAAACACCACAACAUCCCUGCUUCAAGCCACAGCAGAUUGAAUUUCUACAUACAGAGGUCCUAGGCGAGCUCCUGGUCAAGAUAUCGACCCUUAAAGCCCAGGCUGAAAUUAAUGUAGAAUCUUUAAAAAGGUGUGUUGAGUGCCAGAAACAUUCCCUCAAGUGCUACGAGGAGCUAUGCCAGCAAGUGAGAGACUUAGAAACAUUACUUUCACAGUGUGCUUCCAAAAAAAUUACUUCGCAUAAAGACUGCAAAGACCAGCAACAAAAACUCAAGGCUCUAGUGGAAGAGGUUGCCUUGCUUCCUGUAAAACUGGAGAGUCUGAAAGAGUGGUGUUCACUAUAUGGGUGCAGAGCCAACAGGGAGGACGCUGUGAGCGCUAUCUGGGGUCAGGUGGCGAGACUGCAGCGCUGUGGCAGUGACCUUCAGACACGCUCAGAACAAAUGGAAGUAGAAUGGAGCAGUGUCACAAGGAGUGUGGAACAGGCAACAGCUGUGUUGGAGCAGGUGGAUGCCGAACUUCCAGACAGCAGCAGAGAAAAUCUGACUGGUGAUGAGCUACAGGAACUACUGCUAUUCUGGUCCCAGUACCAGGACAGACUGGAUUGUGAACACCGAGCUCUCUCCGCUCUGGAAUUAAGAGCUGCAAGGUUGCUUGGUGUCCCCCCCCACCUGGAACAGGCCCCACCAAUUGAGCUGUGCCAGGAGCUUCAAGCCCUGCAAGAGCAUUACCAUAGUCUAAAGGAACGGAGCUCUCAGGGUUUGAGAGCAGUAAAAACAGAGGUAGAGGAGAGGGGACGCGUGCAGGAGCAGCUGGAGGGAGUCAGAGAAUGGCUGGAAUCUGCUGUCUCUCUCCUCGCUGUGCUGGAGAACGAGCCCAGCAAGAAGCAACUACAGGAGGUUCACUCACAGCUGUGUACCCAGAAGGCCGUUCUGCAGCGUAUUUCAGAAAGCUUGAAGAUGAUGUACUCUGACAAAAAUACAUCAAUUCCAGAGGAGAUAGACGGACUAUUACAAGAAGUCUCACAGUCAUUACAGGAAGUGGAGGAACAGGUGAAGACAGCUGUGGAGAAAAGUGGCCCACUUCACAGGCUGGGUGCUAAAAUCUCUGAGAUUAAAGCAGGUCUGGGAUCAGUUCAGAGCUGGUUAGAACAGAAGAGCCUGAACUUUACUGAAGCUGAAAGCACACAGAAGAGAGUGUGGGAUGAGUUGGAUGGUUUACAUACUCGUCUGACAUCAGUCGAGGUGGAGCUACAGGAUGUGAGUGAAAUGCAUCCAGAUGAGACCCGUUUGUUAUUAGACAACCUGGCCGACACUCAGCAGACCCACACACGCCUCACCAAACAGGCCGAACAGAGGACCGCCUUCCUCAGCAAGUUCCGUGACUGGCUGCAGGAGCAUGAGGAGAUGGUGAAGGGGUCACAGAGCUGGAUCUUAGAGGCUCAGUCUUGGCUUACGACACCCUGCACAUACACCACUGCCAGAUGCCUGGACAGUCAUGUGAAUGCCCUGCAGAUGGUUCUGGAUGAUUCUGCUCAGAUGAGACGGACCCUGCAGGGUUUCGGCAGUGUGCUGACAGAGAUGGGAAGUGUGUUUGAUGUCAGUCCAUUAGAGGAGCAGCUCUCAAAUGCUGAUCGGCGUGUGGCAGACAUGCAGCAUAACCUGCUGGGGCCUCUCUCUCAGCUGGAGCAUGCAGCAGCAGAAGUGGAUGCCAUUGAGUCGGAGGUAAAAGCCAUGGAGAAAGAUGUGGCCAAAAUCAAAUCUACUCUCACCACCAAAGAAGACAUCAGUCAGGACAGUCUCAAGGUAACAGAAGAAAGGAUUGAUCUGAUGAAAAGAACAGUAACUGAGAUUCAGAACUGUAAAGAUGGUCUUCCUGACAAUGCUGAAAACACACUCCUAGUGUUAAAAAAAGCAGAACUUCUGCAGAAACAACUGCUGGAACUUGAACAGCUGGCGCUAGAAUACUCAGUUGAGGUACAGGAAACAUCUGUCCCACCUGUUUGUGUCACACCCCUCAAUGCUCCGCCCCUCACUGUCCCAACCCUCAGUGUCCCACCCACAAUCACUGAGGAAGACACACAGGAGAGUGGUCAGAUUCAGAUUGUGCACGUGGAGGAGGAUAUCUUGAAAAAGUCUGGAGCAACACUGAUGACGGUGGAGCAGUCCACACCGGAGCAGAGACUCAACUGGGUCUGUGACAGAAGCAGCCACACCCUCACAGAAACACAGCAGGAGCCAGAGAAAGAGGAGCUCUGUGAUGAUCCAGGAGAUGGAGAGGAAGAUGCUUCUGAUGAAGACUAUGAAGAUUGUAUAAAAAAUGAGGAUGAACAAUCAAGAGGAAGAUCACCCACCUCUCUGAAUUCUGAGGCUUCCUUCAGCAUGACUGUAGAGGAAACACUUUCCGCAGAUGUGGUUUCUUCUACAGAACACAUUUUGGAGCAAGCAGAAGCAGCAGACUCACAGGUAGAAGUAGAUACCUCUGUGGCCUCGGGAACAGGUGCGUCAGAAGCUUCAUCUGAAGCAGAUGCCACAGUGGAAAGCCAGUCUCUCCCUGCAGACAUGGAGCAGGGUGCAUGGAGGGGGGAACAGACGCCACACACCACUGACACACUCACGCUUACACACGUGACUCUCAUAGACAACGCACAGAAACAUUCAGAGUCACAAGCCCCUCCCACAGAAACAAAAGACACAUUGACCUUAUGUAGUGUCAUGACCUCCGAUGAAGGGCUGGGUGAUUCCCUAGAAAAAGUCUCAGAAGUACACUCCACACUCAGCCAAAAUGCUCACUUAGAAAUAACCACCUUUGUGCCUCAGAGCCUGAGCUCCACAAAACCCACAAACGCACCAUCAGCCGAAUCACAAGAGCAAUAUUUACAUACUCCUUCGAAUGAGGAAAAGCGUAGUUUAGACAGCAGAAGCACACACGACACACACACACCAAUUACAGUCAAGCCCUGCCUGGAGAGGACAGAGCCAUUGGCUACGAGUGCAUCUUUGGCUGCAGGUGAAGCCGGGGCCUCGGGUGGAAGGUUGUCCGAUGACGGGCUGCUCCAUGCCUGCCGUGAGAGGGCCGAGCAGCUGGAGGUGUGUCUGGAGAGAGCACGGGUCAGUCUGGAGGGGUCAAGACAGCAAGCUCAGGACGCAGCCAUGCAGCACUGCAUUGAGCAACAACUUCACAACUGCCAGUCAGUUCUUGUGGAGAUUGAACAGAGAAUCUCCAGUCUUCCUGCGUGUGGAUUGAAAGAACAGGAGCAACGUGAGGCUGAAUCACUCAACACCAAACUCCAGCUGCUGAAAAACAGACUGGUGACGGUCCAAUUACAGCUGCAAGAGAGACACAGUGAAGAUCAGGUACAUGUUGAGAGCCGGCGCCCCUCGCAGGCCAGGUUGACGCGCAGCAACAGUGUGCAGGAGAUGUUGAGCUCUUCCAAAACCAAACUGUUUAGACAGAGCAGCCUUCAACAACAAAGGGAACUAGAGCAUGGAUUAAAUGAACAGAGGGAUCUAACUAAAGCUAUCGCAAUUCAAGGCAGCAGAGCCCGGACACAGAGCGCAGAUGAAUACACAGGUCUCUCACCAGCAAAUGAAGACAAGAGAGAGGAAGUAGAGUUAGCGGUCCACAGAAAGUGGGCACACAUCUGCAGCAGACUGACCAAGACAGCAGAGACCGAGCAAGGUGGAGAUAAAUAUCAGGAUCCAUCUAAGAUCCUCGCUCCAUCUGUGUGUUUGUGGAGCGGAGCUGCUGUUUCUUUAUGUCUGCAGGAGAUUCAAUCCAACAUCUCACAACUCAAAGAACUGGAAAAAUCAGCACUCAAACAGGAUCAUCAAUCUCUGGAUGAAGGUCUGUUUGAGGUGUUGAGUGGAGUGGAUCUCACUCUCAGCUCUCUCACACAUAUUCUUAUGGUUCAGCCAGCAACCUUAAACAAUGACAUAUUAAACCAACUAGAGCAGCUACAGGGUUUAUCUGCAGAGCUGAUCUCAUUGGGUGCCAUUUUAACCUCCCAGGGCUCGGAGGUCAUAAAGUUGUUAGGUUCGGGAUCAGACAUAUCAGAGACCUCCACUUGUUUUGACCUGCUGACGCAGCGUGUGUGCGACAUUCAAAAGACUCUCUCUGAUAAAAAGGAGCAGCUACAGGAACGACUAAAACACACAACUCAGCUGCAGAAUAGAGUAAAAGACCUGCAUGACUCAGUUCUAACUAAUACGUCAGUCCAUCACCCUACAACUAACGGAGAAACCCACUGUGACCUUUACACGGAGCUGCAGGCCAUCACUGGAUGGAAACAGGAAGUGGAGCAUAGUGAGAGAAAGCUGGCUGAACUUAAAGAAGAAAGUCGAGAUCAGCCCUCUUCCCUCACACAGCAGAUCAGCACACUGGAGGCGGUAUUGGAGAGUGUUUGGAGUGAUCUAGAGCAGCGCUGUGGAGUUGUGCAGUGGAGUCUAGAUGAGCAGAAGAUGAGUGAAAAAAUCCUGAAGGGUCUGCAGAUGCUUCUGACGAUUGGAGGAGAGAAACUCAACUGCACCUCUCAGCUGGAGUUCAAGAAUCCAGCACAAAUACAGACACACCUCAACACACACACGGCGUUUUUCCUGUCUCUGGGUGCCCACCUGAGGAGACUGCAGCAACUGAGUGUGCGGAUGCCAGACAGCGCCUCCUCUGGCUGGAAGACCGAAGUGUCUGAGGUUGAAUGUCAAGUGUCCAGUGUCCUGCAGCAGGCUCAGGCUGUUGGCACAGUGCUUCACUCAGCGCUGCAGGUUUGGACUCGCUGGGAUGAAAAUCAGUCCUGGUUAGAAACGCUUCUGCAAAUGUUAGAAACUCAACUUCCCAUAACACCUCUGCAGGACCAAACCGAGGAGCAGCUCAGCAAGAAUAUUUCUGUCUAUCAGAGUGUGCUGGCAGUUCUGGAGAAGAACAGAGCUCGGAUAAGUCUGGUUCUGGAUGAAGGACACAGACAGCAGGAACAGAUUUUUAGCAGUGAUGUGGGUGUACCUAUAUGCAAAGUGGGUGUGUCUACUGCAAGAUCAGAACAGCGAUUGGCCGCACUGCAGAGGAGGGUGGAGCAAGGACUACACUCCACACUCCAUCUUAAGAAGCUUUGGAACAGGUACCAAUGCGAUUCAGAGGCUCUGAAUGAGUGGAUAAGACAAGCCAGAGAGCUCCUUCAUACAUGGAGAGAUCACAUGACCACAGCUGAACAGGAAGUGGAUGCCGUCUCUCAUUUUCGGCACUUCACAGAGUUCAUAAAAGAGCUAGAUGUGAAAUCGGUCCUAAAGGCAUCAGUGAUCAGUUCUGGCUCUUUGAUCCUGUUGCUCAAUGAAAAAGAGCAGAACGUUGAGACACAGAAGAUCAGCAAAACCACCAGUGCUUCAAGAACCUCCACUCCCUCAGGAAAUACAACAACCUCUGAAGACCUACAGCCAAGUGAAACUAACACCCGGACGUCCGUUGCCCUAGAAAACAACCCUGAAGACUCCUCAUCUGUAGAUGUCACCUUACUUUCAGAAACCAGUGUUUCCUCUAUACAAAACAUCUUUUCAGAAGAAAAUAUUUCUACCACAGAAGGAUCACAUGUAAAGAUCACAAAUGAAGGUGUAAUAUUUAAGGAACCCACCUCAUCUGUAUUGGAUUUAUCAGUAAAACAAGAGAUGGUUCUUUCCCCAGUCCUUCUGACUCUACAGUCCCAACUGUCUCAGAUGGAGCAAGACUGGGCGGAAAUACAGACAACCAUUCCUGCUGUCCAACAGGGACUGCAUCAGAGUGUGGUUGAGAGCUUAUCACCUGAAGGACUGCUGGCUGAUGUGUGUGGCUGGAUUACAGUUGCUGAGAGCAGGUUACAGGCGUCUGAAAGAGAGGGUCACAACACCUGUGCUGCUGAGGAGUUCACACACCUGCUCAGAACAUAUAAGGGGAUGAAGAGAGAGAUGGCAUGUCAGCAGAUGUUUGUUGACUUUAUUAAUCAGUGUGAGCUGAAGCAGGUCGGUUUUGACUCUCACACCAGCAGGUGCAAACACACUACUUUUGCUGAAAACCUGGGACAAAUCAAUCUGCGCUGGAAAACUCUACAGGCUUACCUGGACGCACUGAUCCGACAUGACGAAGAUGAAGUGAGGAUUUGUGCAGAGCAAGAUAACAAACUACAAAUCCUACAACUCUGGGUCAAAGGUCAAAAACAAUGGAUGCGAUUGGCUGAAAGACCCAUCAAUCGCUCGUUUGCUGAGAGGAGCCUGAAGGAUUGUGAAGAGCUGGGGGAAAAGUUGGAGUCUAAAUUCUCAGAACUUGCUGAGUUGAGGAAGAGGAGACUUACCACUGAUGAAGAAGAUGGGGAUAAAGACUUCCUCUUAAAAGUUCACAUUCUUUCACAAUCCUUGACUGACCUCUCUCAACAGAGUGCGGUCCUUGGGCAUACCUUGAAAGAGCUGUGUAUGGUGUGGUCUCAGUUUGAAAGUGGGAGGAGUCAGGCAGUUUUAAACACUAUAAGGAUAUGCCAAUCACUAGAGUACUGCCACGCCCCUCUGCCCUCUCUCUCUGCCCUCCAGAACAACAUUGAUAAGAUACAGGUCUUAAAAGCAGAGACAACGGAGAUUGACACCCAGUGGGAGGAUCUUACCAAGACAACAGCAGCUCUUAUUGGUGGAAUUAGUCCAGACUCUGCCCAGGUGUUAUCGGAGCACCUAGAAAAAGAAAAAGCAAGGUGGUCAGAGGUGAAGGAAAAGGUCACACACACCUUGCAGAGGUCACAAAGUCUUCUGAAAUUGUGGCAGAGAUACUCUGAUGUGAGAUGCUCCUGCGCAGAGGAGCUCCAACAUCUCAAAGAGCAGCUCAACAGCCACGAUAAAACACCCGCUGACAAUAAACAACUCACGCACAGCAUCACAGAGCUGAAGGAUAAAUGCUCAGAGAUUCUACAGACGGAUUUGAAUGAAGUGCUUGAAGUAUCUAAAGAUCUGAUUGAACAGAUGGAUGACGAGGAUGCCGUUUUCAUUAGAUCAGAAUGCCGUUUGUUAACACGUGGUUACCUGCAGCUAGAACAGACUCUGAAAGGAAGAAUUGAACACAUGCAGGAGGAUCUUGAGCAAUUUCAAGAAUUUGAAAGGUUAUUCCAGUCCCUCGAAACACAAUUACAGCAGUGGGAAAGCAAACAACAGAUAGUCAGCGAACUCACAAAUAUAUCCCAGUCAGGUCUGAUGGAGAUCAGUUCUCUUUCUCCUGAUUUGGAUCUGAUAAACACACUCAGCUACAGGCUGACUCUCAGUGACCCCGUGACACAGAAGCUUCAGCACAUCAACAGGAAGUGGGCACAGGCCUCCGCACAUGCUCAGGAGAAAUGCAGUGAGUUGCAAGCAGCCUCUCUCCAGCAGCAGAGCUUUGAACAGAGAUGUGAGAGCUGGCUGGCUUUCCUGCAGCGCAUGGAGGACAGUUUGGCUGUAGAAAUUGCUUCCACUUACACUGGACUGAGAGAACAACAACAAACGCACCAGUGUUUUCAGGCUGAGUUGUCUUUAGGCCAUCAGAUUCUGCACUCUGUGAUCAGUGAGUCUCUCCUCCUGUUGCAGAAGGGAGAUGUGGAGGACAGGAGUGACUUCCUGUUAAAGCUGGCACAGCUGAGAGAGCACUGGCAGGGGGCCGUGCAGAGAGCAGCUCAACGGCGCGCUCUAGUGGAAGGGCUCAUACAGCACUGGCAGCUUUAUACACACACAAUGCAGAAACUUCACAAACUCCUCACACUCACACACACACUCUUGUCGCCCGCUGGUCCCACACACUGUAGUGUCCUGCAGUUGCGCCUCUUGCUGGAAGAUCUGAAGCGAACAGAGCUGUUGUUUCAAAGGUCAGUCUCUGCAUAUCUAUGUGUGAUGGAGGUAGGCAGGCAGCUGUUUUCAGUGAGUGACACACAGACACAGAUGCAACUGCAGACAGACCUGGCAGCCCUGCAGGAGGACUGGGAACAAUGUCAGUGCAUGCUGGGAAAGAGAAAGACUCUCACAUCUGACAUCAUAAAGAAAUGGGGGACCUGUGAGACCAGACUAGCUGAUCAGGCCCAGCUCCUGGAGGAGGUACGAGCCAGACUGAAGCAUUCGAUCCCAGACCAGCAGGAAGAGAUGGAAGAGGAACGCCUCCUUGUGAAGGAGGUUCAGGAUUGUUUAGAGGACUGGGCCGUCAGUCUUUCUGAGCUCAGCACCAUGAAGACGGACCUGUCCCAGUACAUCCUCACCGAUGACGUCCUACUCCUGCAGGAGCAAGUGGACCAUCUGCACUGCCAGUGGGAAGAGCUCUGCCUUAAAGUGUCACUUCGUAAGCAGGAGAUUGCUGAUCGACUGAAUGCCUGGAUCAUUUUCAAUGAGAAAAAUCGGGAGCUGUGUGAAUGGCUGACACAGAUGGAAAACAAGGUGGCACACAGUGCUGAGCUGAGCAUUGAGGAAAUGGUGGAGAAACUCAAGAAGGAUUGUAUGGAGGAGAUCAACCUCUUUAGUGAGAAUAAGACACAUCUGAAACAGCUAGGAGAACAACUCAUCACUGCCAGCAACAAGACCAAAGAGACAGAAAUCAAUGACAAGAUCAAGGACAUCAAUGAUCGCUGGCAGCAUCUGUUUGAUCACAUUGAAGCCAGGGUGAGGAAGCUGAAGGAGACGCUGGUGACAGUGCAGCAGCUUGAUAAGAACAUGAGCAAUCUCCGUUCCUGGCUUUCCCGUGUUGAGGGUGAACUGGCCAAACCCAUCAUUUACAGCGCAUGCCACAGUGAUGAGAUACAGCGCAAACUAGCAGAGCAUCAGGACUUGCAGCGAGACAUCGAACAGCACACAGAGGGUGUAGCGUCUGUUUUGACCCUGUGUGAUGUUUUGCUGCAUGAUGCGGACGCUUGUGGUAGUGAUGGAGAGAACGACUCCAUUCAGCAGACCACGCUCAGCCUGGACCGCCGCUGGAGGAACAUAUGCGCCAUGUCUAUGGAGAGGAGAAUGAGGAUCGAGGAGACAUGGCGUCUGUGGUGCAAGUUCCUGGAUGACUAUUCACGCUUUGAAGAGUGGCUGAACACAGCAGAACGUACAGCAGCUAAUCCUGCCACCAAAGAUGUACUCUACACCUGUGCUAAAGAGGAACUCAAAAAGUUUGAGGCGUUCCAGCGCCAGGUCCAUGAGCGCCUGACACAGCUGGAGCUGGUGAAUAAACAAUACCGACGUCUGGCACGUGAAAACCGGACAGACGGUGCCAGUAAGCUGAAGCUGAUGGUGCACGAGGGAAACCAGCGCUGGGAUACAUUACAGAAGAGAGUUGCCGCAGUGCUCCGCAGGUUAAAGCACUUCACAUCUCAGCGAGAAGACUUUGAAGGUACACGGGAGGGGAUUCUGGUCUGGCUGACUGAAAUGGACCUUCAGCUCACCAAUGUGGAGCAUUUUUCAGAGAGCGAUAUCCACGAAAAGAUGCGUCAACUAAACGCGUUUCAGCAGGAGAUCACUCUAAACACAAAUAAGAUUGAUGCUCUGAUUGUAUUUGGAGAGAACCUGAUCCAGAAGAGUGCUCCGCUGGACGCCGUACUCAUCGAAGAUGAACUAGAGGAGCUGCACUCAUACUGCCAGGAAGUGUUUGGCAGAGUCGCCCGUUUCCACCACCGUCUUAUCAGCAGACGCCCGGUGCGAGAGGAGGACCAAGAGUUCUCAGACAGAGACACAGAUCCAGAGGACUCGGCUGAUUUCAGUGGGGUCUGGGAGAGAGAAAGGGAGGAGGAGGAGGAUGAGGAAGAGGAGGCUGCAAUGAGUUCUGAUGUUGCUCGGACAGUGCGCCAGGCCAUGUCCCAGCUGAUACCACCUGCUCUUGAGCGCUCAGGGCGUGAGACCCCCGUCAGUGUGGAUUCAAUCCCACUGGAGUGGGACCACACCGUAGAUGUGGGUGGCUCUUCUUCUCCAGAGGAUGAUGAGGAGUUGACGUUCUACAGUGCCCUGUCAGAUGUAGAAGUCACUGCGAGCUCUCAGUCAUUUAUUAAAGCUACAGCUAAAGCUCAGAAGGCUGUGUCCGGAGGAAGAUCACUGGUGGAGCCGUGGCAUUCUCCUGAUGCGCCAGACAGGAAGCGAGCGAACAGAGAGAUCAUACACAGUCUGACAUCUUCACCCACUGACACCAGCGCUCAGUACCACCCACAGGCCUAUGAUAAACUCAUGUCUGAGUGUGCUGGCAGUAUAGACAGCAUAAAGCGAGUGAAACUGAUUCUGAAUGAGGAAGAGCAACUGGACGAUCACGGUUUGACGCUGCUUUCUGCAGCAGAUAAGACAGGUGUGAUCGAGCGAUGGGAGCUCUUGCAGGUGCAGUCGUGCAGCGUGCCACAGGAUCUUCAGCAGUGGCACAAACUCAACUCUGACCUCACUGAUGUCAUGGCAUGGCUGGACGCUGUGAUGCCUGAGCUAGAGAAGCUUCAAAAUCUAGAGCCAAAAAUCACCAUCAGAGACAUGGAGAGCAAUAUCCACAAACUAAAGGACAUGCAGAGGACCUUUAACGGCUACAAAUCGGUGAUGAUUGGUGUUAAUCUCAGUGGGCGGGGCUUCCAGCAUGGCGACAGUGCCGAACUACGUGAACUGCGUGAGAAUCUGCAGUCAGCCAAUCAGAAAUGGGCACAGGCCUGCGCAGCCCUCGACAGCUGGGAACACCGACUGCAUCAAGCUCUCAUGGAGUGUCAGGAGUUUCACGAGACUCUUCACUCUCUGCUGCUGUGGUUAGCUAAAGCUGAAAGCCAGCGCUACAUGGUCAACAUUCAUGACCGAAACACAGACCUCAACAUCCUGCAAGAGCAUCGUGACACGCUCAAGGCUGUUCAGCAGGACUUACAGUCUCGUGAGAGAGAGGUGCACUGCCUGCAGGAGAUCUCCUCACAGAUCCUGCUACAGGACCAAGGAGAAGACACUCUGGAGGCCAAAGAGAAGGUUCACGUCAUCAGUAACAAGUUACGACUGCUUAUCAGACAGAUCGCACACGAUCUGCACACGCUGCAAAACAGACUGGACUCAACUGGUCCAAAUGUGGGCAGAGCGGCAUCAACGCAACACCAGGAAGCCACAGGAAUUCAGGCUGUUACACGGGGAUCUCCCUCAAGUGCCAGCAGGGUUAAGUCUGAUUCGUCCCCAUCGAGGCCGUUCCUGUAUCGUGUCUUACGAGCGGCGUUUCCUCUCCACAUCCUCUUCCUGCUGCUGCUGGUUGUGGCGUGUCUGGUGCCUCUCUCAGAGGACGACUACAGCUGCACUCUCUCCAACAAUUUUGCCCGAUCCUUUUAUCCCAUGCUCCUCUACACCAAUGGACCCCCACCCACAUGAGAACAACUACACAUAGCCUGCACUUACACAGCUCAAUCAAUAGAGGAAAUGGGACAUAGUCCAAGCCUCCCGGUUUACUCUCCUGUAGCAGAUCCAGAGAUUAAUCUGGGUGAAAGCCCUUGUGUUUCGGAUUGAGUAGAUUUUGCUGCAACAGUACAAUCCUGUUUCUGGAUCCGAGGACUGCUGCACACGGAGAGGGAUUUUUUUUUUCCUGAAGCAAUCCGAAACUUCUCUUUAAGAACCUUUCCACAUGAUGUAAAUUUUAUAUUUUUAGAGAGCGGGCAAGGAUUCCUCAUCAAAGGUGCACUCAUUUAUGAACUGUAUAGUAUUUAGCAGCAUUGAAACAUUGAAAUAGACCUUCACACAAAUGUAUUUAUUUUUGAAAUAUAAAACACAUAAUUGAACCCUAAAUCUCAUUCGUAGGCUUUGAGUCAGCCUGUAUUUUUUAACUAGAAGCCGUUUAUAUAUAUAAAUGACAGAUCAGUUAUGUUUGUACCAUCUUGUUUUUAGGAGUCAGUGUAAAAUGACUUGCAAUGGUGAAUAUAUUUUAUUUGUAGCUCUCGUAGCUGACAUUUUCUUGGUCAAAGCCAUGGAGGAGAGACACAGAGAGGCGUCAGGGUGUGUGCAAAUGUUGUUUAAUUUAUUCAGCCUAAAGUUUGACGGCUGUGCUGUUUUUGUGCGUGUAUGCUUGUGUAUAUUGUAAAACUACAUGAAAUAACUUUAUUAUAAUUGGUAAAUCAUCUCAUUGGAGAUAUAAAUUAUAUCUGAUCAUACUUUAUACAGUAUGUACAAUAUCAUUACCUCCGAUUUUCCAGAAUUUUCCCCAGGGGCCUCAUUUAUGAAGUGUGCAUUCGCAAAUUUUAAAAAAGUGCUUAGCAUCACGCCAGGUUCUGAACAGACGUACGCACUUUUUAUUGUCAAAGUAUUGUAGUUUUUUUCUGUUCUUGCAGCUCGCUGCUCUAAAUUAUGAGAAUACUGAUGAUAUUUUAUAUGUUAAUGACAUUAAUUGGGAGUCGUUAAGAAAAACUUAAACCAUUUAUUUGCGUGCAAGUUCAAGAUCAUUUGCUAUUCAUACAUUUCACAUCUGAAAGUGAGGCAUACGCACGUUUUCAGUUCAUACGUUCAUUCUAUGAAAUUGGUUUCUGCACAAUAUUUUAGAAAUGAGGCCCCAGAUGUGUUUGUGUCUGGUGCUUUUUUUUUGCUAAAUGGUUAAGGUGUCUCUUAGAAACACAUUUCAAAGGUGUCCACAUGACUGCGUGUGGCUUUUAUUUUAUUUUUAUCCUACAGAAAGUCUGGUGAAAGGCCAUUAGUCACUCUUUCACUCUUUCACUAACUGCCAAAGUGUCAGAGACAGUUUUAUAAUUCAUCACAUUUACUAAAAGAAUGCUGUUCGUCCUAUUGUUUGAUGUUUUUAAUUGAACUGUUAAAGUAUGGAUUACAUUAUGGGUCGACUAAAAUAGAUAUGAAGUGUCAAUUAAUAACAGAACACAUUUACUUUAUUGUAAAUUUAUUUUGCAGCAAACCUUGCACUGCCAAUGUCAAACACUGGUUGAAGUUAAUAUAAAGAUGUACGUUUUUUGAGUUUGAAGUAAAUUUUCUUACAAAUAAACAUCAUGUACAAAUA